AUGACGGUCGCCCGUGCCGCGACGGUUCAAUAUGAAAACGUGCAGGAAAUAGAGCAUGUUUAUCCGCUCGUCCGCUCGUCGAAACAGCUGGACCGGGUCAUUUCGGAAAUUGAAAACGCGCCUGGUAUCGUCCUUUACACGCUCGUGGAUGACGAAAUCGCCAGUCGGUUGGAAAGGAAAUGCCGGGAACUUGGUAUUCCCUUCGUCAAUAUCCUGGAUCCGGUCUUCGCCGUGUUCCAAUCCUACCUCAACGUGACGCAAACCCACCGUGUCGGCGGGCAACAUGAACUCGACGCCGAAUAUUUCCGGCGGAUGGAGGCCCUCAACUACACGAUGCUGCAUGAUGACGGUCAGGUCUGGGACGAUCUGGAAUCAGCCGAUAUUGUCCUGAUCGGCAUUUCCAGAACAUCCAAGACACCGACCUGCAUCUAUCUGGCCAAUCGUGGCAUCAAGGCAGCAAAUGUUCCGCUGGUUCCCGGUAUUCCCCUUCCGGAUCAUGUGAAGGCACUGAAAGGACCGAUGAUUGUCGGUCUGAUCGCAUCCGUUGAGCGUAUCCAGCAGAUCAGGCGUAACAGGGUUCUGUCUUUGAAUUCAGAGGGUUACAACGACACCUAUGUCGACCGGAAGGAAAUUUCGCAGGAAAUCAACAUGACCCGGCGGCUCUGUUCGGAAAACGGCUGGCCGCUGAUUGACGUGACGCGCCGUUCGGUGGAAGAAACGGCUGCUGAAAUUCUGACGAAAUUCAAGGGCUUCAAGGCAGAAACCGGAGAUUCGAUCUAG